UUUCCUCCUGGUGCUGUUAGACACAGUUUCGUCAUUUGAAACCUGAAACCGGAACAAACUAUUACAUUCUGUCCACAACGCACGUAGUUUCUUGACUCAGCAUAAAAUUGGGACAUUCCUAAGGGACUUGGCUGGCUUAUAUAUAUGAUAGGUAAGAGGCGCAGAACCUACACAAGAUACUAACAAGACACAAAGACUGCAAUAUGAAGGUCCGUGUUGGUGUGGAGAUGCUGGCGACGUUGGUCGUGCUGUUCCUGGCUUUAGGUGCGAGUGACGGCGUGGUGAUGAACAAGUGUAAACUGGGGGACGAACUGAACUCGACUCUACCUGAAAACCUUUUGGACCAGAUCACCAACCUGGUGGCCAAGAUUGUGUGCCAUGUAGAGCUGAGCUCUCACUUCAACACCAGCUCCAUCAAUCAUGUCAUUGGACCUAACGUUCAUAGUUUCAUCCGUGGAGGCCGUGGUGGACGGAAGGGCAGGUCUGCAGAGUCCAGCAGUGAGGAGUCCAGUGAGGAAGACAGUGACUCAUCCAAUGGUGCAGGACACGGAAAGAGAUCCAGAUCGAGGUCAAGCAGUGAGGAGUCCAGUGAGGAAAACAUCAAGGUGCCUAAACCUAAUUUCAAUUCUUCAACGGUUCAUCCAGUCACUCAUCCCCAAGGUACCAACUCAUCCAGCAGAGACGGUCAUAGAGGACGGAAGGGCAGGUCUGCAGAGUCCAGCAGUGAGGAGUCCAGCGAGGAAGACAGUGACUCAUCCAAUGGUGCAGGACGCCGAAAGAGAUCCACAUCGAGGUCAAGCAGUGAGGAGUCCAGCGAGGAAGACAGUGACUCAUCCAAUGGUGCAGGACGCCGAAAGAGAUCCACAUCGAGGUCAAGCAGUGAGGAGUCCAGCGAGGAAGACAGUGACUCAUCCAAUGGUGCAGGACGCAGAAAGAGAUCCACAUCGAGGUCAAGCAGUGAGGAGUCCAGCGAGGAAGACAGUGACUCAUCCAAUGGUGCAGGACGCCGAAAGAGAUCCAGAUCUAGGUCAAGCAGUGAGAAGUCCAACAAGAGAAACAUGUGGACUUUGUACGGGUUGUUCCAGCUGCCCGACCGUAUCGCCUGCACCUCUGGGUCUGAACCCUCUCUCAACCUCUGCAGUAUGGCCUGUGACAGUCUGAUCGAUGACAAUAUCAGAGAUGACAUCGCCUGUGUUGAGACCAUCCUCAAUAAGAUGUUGUCAGCAGCAAACAAUCCAGGACCGACUAAAGCACUUUUCAACAAAUUGUAUGCUAAUUUCUUCCAGAAGGAGUGCAAGAACGUGGAGGAUUUGAAGUACUUCUCCACUUGCUAAAACAGACAGCCGGCCUAGCAAAC